UUGGAAAGAGAACGAGAUGUAAUAGAAAGGACGAGCUACGGAGAGAGAGAGAGAGAGGGAAACGAACGGCGAGAAGUUAGCUUCCUUCCUUCCUUCUCCGUGUCAUCUAAACCCUAAUCCCCAUAGGGUUUUUUCGCUUCACCGGGAAGUCCAUCGGAAAUUCCUCAGAUCGACGCCUCCUUCCACCGAAAGAUUAAUUAGGGUUCUGAGGUUUCGAAUUGGUGGUUCUUUGAUGGCGUCGAACAACAACAACCAGCCACGUGGUGUCGGCGGCCCGCCACCGCUAGGGAACCCUGGAAUGGCCUCACCGGCGUCGGCUAACCAGCCGCCCCAUCUCCGCCCCCCGCCGCCGCCGGGUUCUUCCCCUUUCCAGGGUCUCUUCCACUCCCAAGCGCAUCCGCAGGCCCAGCCGCAAGUACACUCCCCUUUCCAGAUUCAGAUGGGUUCGCAAUCCCAGGUCGGUUUGCUCGGUUCCAACUCCCCCUCCUUCUCCACGCCUGGUUUGUCGAGCGGCCCUAAACGGCUUCCUCAGAAGCCCCCGGCGCGGCCCCCGGCCCCCAUUUCUGCCGCCGCCAGCCCAAUCAUCAAGGCCGCCGAUAUAACCGCUGCCGCCCGGAGGAAGAAGCGCAGACUUCCGGAGAAGCAGUUGCCCGACCGAGUCGCUGCCCUCUUGCCCGAGUCUGCCCUCUAUACCCAGUUGCUUGAGUUCGAGGCCCGGGUCGAUGCGGCCCUCGCGAGGAAGAAGAUCGAUAUCCAAGAAGCUCUGAGAAGCCCGCCUUCCAUGCAGAGGACGCUUAGAAUUUAUGUCUUCAAUACCUUCGCCAACCAGACGCGGAUGAUCCCUGAGCCCAUGGAGCCUCCCUCUUGGUCACUGAAGAUCGUCGGAAGGAUCUUGGAGGAUGGGGUCGACCCUGAUCCUGCUGGUGCGCUGCCUAAGCCCAACCCCAUGUAUCCCAAGUUCUCAUCGUUUUUUAGGAGGGUUACGAUCGCAUUGGACCCAUCACUCUACCCGGAGAACCCCACGAUCGUGUGGGAGCAGGCACGCUCCCCGGUGCCGCAGGAGGGCUUUGAGGUCAAGAGAAGGGGGGAUAAAGAGUUCACAGCUAGUAUAAGGCUUGAGAUGAAUUACAAUCCUGAGAAGUUCAGAUUGUCACCUCCGCUGAUGGAGGUGCUUGGGAUCGAGGUUGAUACACGAGCUAGAAUUAUUGCUGGGAUAUGGCAGUAUGUGAAGGCGAAGAAAUUGCAGAGCACUACAGAUUCUUCCUAUUUUGCUUGUGAUCCACCCUUGAAGAAGAUAUUUGGAGAAGACAAGAUGAAGUUUGCUAUGGUGUCGCAGAAGAUCUCACAUCAUUUGUAUCCACCACAACCCAUUCACUUGGAGCAUAAGAUUAGGCUUUCAGGAAAUGGGGCUGUGGGCAAUGCCUGCUAUGAUGUGCUAGUUGAUGUUCCAUUUCCGCUGCAGAAGGAAAUGUCAGCUUUCCUUGCCAACACAGAGAAACACAGAGAUAUUGAAGCUUGUGAUGAAGUAAUAUGCGCUUCUAUCAAGAAGAUUCAUGAGCAUCGUAGGAGAAGGGCUUUCUUUCUUGGAUUCAGUCAAUCUCCUGUAGAGUUCAUAAACACUCUGAUUGCUUCUCAGAGUAGGGACUUGAAACUGGUCGCAGGUGAAGCAAGUCGGAAUGCCGAGAGGGAACGCCGUUCUGACUUCUAUAACCAACCAUGGGUUGAAGAUGCUGUCAUCCGAUAUCUCAAUCGCAAACCUGCAGCUGGCAACGAUGCUCCUGGUAGCACAUGAAUACAAGAUUGACUUGUUGCUCAUAAUGUUUGCCUAAAAUUUCUAGACAUGGGAUAGGUCAUAUUUAGUAGGUACUCCUGUAUGUUGUCUUUUAUGAGUUAUUUUACAAGGAAAAUGAUUCUACAAUGAUCAUUCUAGUCUGCCAGUGAAAACCCAAUUUACGUAAUGCUUAAAUUGUUUUAAAGUUUAAAAUAUGGGAACUGUUUGCUUUA